GUCAACAUCUUCUUGUGUCUUUCUCAGUCUUGAGAUGGAUCAUCAUGAUAUCAUCUCUUCCAUGCUUCAUCCAGCACAUGACUGGAAGUUGUCGUGGACAGCGUUUCUCGGAGAAGACGUCGCAAAACCUGGACAUCGUUAUCGCGGCAGUCUCUUCGAUCCGAAACUGCUAUUAUUAAGGCUCAGCUUUCAAUGGUCACCAUUGAGAUUGGGGUCACUGAGAUCGAAGAGGCGACCCCUUGAGGAAAGAUGGGGGGAAAACGAAGGGAAAGGGGAGAGCUUUGAAGGGGGUCCCUUCCGUUCAGAGUCAUGAUGACCAUUGAAGGCUGAGCUUUAAUAUUAGAGGUAGCAAAGAGUGUAGGCAGCAACAGAUUUGUAGCUUUGCGGGACCGUCUUCAGGCAGCUGGAGAAUCUAGUAGGAGGGAAGAACAGAUAGCGUUAGAGAAUUCUCCCGCUGCGUUAUUGGGUGCUGGAAGUACACCAGCUCACGCUGACGCUCACCACGAAGAUGUAGAUGGAACAUCAUCAACAAAAACAUCGUCCUCACGACCAUACUGUGAUCUACGCCGUCUCGCAGCAGGCAACACCAAAACACGCUUAUUACGUGCGAGAUACCGAGGACUGCCAGGAGAAGAAGUGUAUGCUUUCCGCACAAGAACGCAUCUGCUCAACAACGCCGAAAACCCAGGCCAAUGGCACAGGGCGAAAAUCAUCGAAGCGAAUAGUGAUUGUGGUCUUGGCAAAGACAACUGUUUGCAGGUUCGAUGGAAAGAUGGA